CAUUCACAAAAAGAGUCUAUCAUUUUCCCAUUCCUUCUAUGGCUUCUUCUUCUAAUCCAUUAUUCCUCUCUGCCGCUCCUUUUCUGGUUUUCUUCUUCUUCUUCUUCUCUGAGAACAAAAGCUUCGUUUCUGCAAUAAGAGAAGGAGCCACUGAACUUCAACUUCAUCAUCAUCAUGAUCAUCGUGUUUCUCUCUCCUCUCUCCUUCCUUCUUCCUCCUGCAACUCUCCUCCUCAAGGUGUGAUCAGGAAAGGAUCGUUGCAAGUGAUGCACAAGCAUGGGCCGUGUUCCAAGCUGAAGCAACACACAUCGUCGUCGUCGUCGUCAUCGUCACUGAAUGCUCCGUUCGCAAUUCCACACAGUGAAAUCCUCAAGUACGACGUAGCUAGAGUGAGAUCAAUCCACUCCAAGCUCUCCAAAACACAUGACAGCCAUGAACUUGAGAGUUCCAAGGGGUUGGGCCAGGAUAAACUUCCGGCCAAGUCCGGCACCCUUCUCGGCUCCGGAAACUACUUCGUCACGGUGAGCCUUGGAAGCCCCAAGAGAGACCUCUCUCUGAUAUUCGACACCGGAAGUGACCUCACCUGGACUCAGUGCGAGCCCUGUGCUCGCUCUUGCUACUCCCAGAAAGAAGCCAUCUUCGAUCCUUCUCACUCUUCUUCUUACUCCAACGUCUCUUGCUCUUCUUUGCAGUGUUCCCAGCUUUCCUCUGCCACAGGAAAUGAUCCGGGAUGUUCCAAGUCAAGUGGAGCUUGCAUCUACGGUAUUCAAUACGGUGACUCGUCCUUCUCUGUUGGCUACUUCGCCAAGGAAACGCUGACCAUAUCUCCGAACGACGUAGUUGAGGACUUCCUCUUCGGCUGUGGUCAGAACAACGAUGGUCUCUUUGGCAGAGCCGCCGGGCUCCUCGGCCUUGGCCGAAACCCCAUCUCCUUCGUUGAGCAAACUGCCCAAAAGUACCACAAGAUCUUCUCCUACUGCAUCCCCUCCAGAGCUAGCUCCGUCGGCUACCUCGCCUUUGGAGGCGGCGGAUACCCCUCCGGCAACGUGAAGUUCACCCCUUUCUCUUCCAUCUCACAGGGCUCCUCCUUCUACGGCCUCGACUUCACCGGAAUCACCCUCGGAGGAACGAGGCUCCCCAUCUCCGCUUCCACUUUCUCCUCCGGCACGAUCAUCGACUCCGGCACCGUCAUCACAAGGCUUCCUCCGGGGGCGUACGGUCCCCUAAGAGACGCGUUCCAGAAGGCGAUGUCGAAGUACCCAAAGGCGGAUCCGGCAUCGAUACUGGACACGUGUUACGAUCUGAGCAAGUACAAGACUUUUCUCGUUCCGAAAAUAAUGUUGUCGUUUGGAGGUGGGGUGGACGUGGACUUAGACGCAAGAGGGAUUCUAUACGUAGUGAGUGAAACGCAGGUGUGUUUGGCGUUUGCUCCGAAUCAAGAUGCAAGAAGUGUGGCUAUUUUUGGAAAUGUGCAGCAGAAAACUUUGGAGGUAGUGUAUGAUGUUGGUGGUCGUAAGGUUGGGUUUAGACCUGGCGGUUGCAUCUAAUAAUUGCUCUAUUAAAAAAAUAAUAAUUUAGUAUAUAUUAUUAUCUAAAAAAAUCGAUAGAUUAAUCUAAAUUGUAAAUAGAGAUGUAAGCAUAAUGAGUAAGGAUAUGCUUAUGUGUCUAUUUAUACUCAAUUUGAUCUAUUGAUUUUUUUAACAAGCAGCUCUUCUUAAAAUUGUUUCACAUUAAAGUUUAGCUUGGUUAGAGGGAAAAAAAAAUCCUUAAGGGGAGCAAAAAAGAGUUUAAAUGUAUUAUAUACAGUGUCUGUUUGUAAUUCUGGUUACAUGCUACUAAGCAUAAGUUUACCAAGAAAAAAACUGAUUGUUGCCAUAUACAUACUUAUAUGUCUAUAUUAUGUGAAACAAAUGUAAAAUGAUUCUACAUUUUAAAAUUCUAAUGAAUAAAGUAAGACAUUUCAUCGAA